AUGUCAUUAGUUCCUUCAACAACCUCAGAUCCAAAAACUGCUGCAACAUUCUGCAUUCUGGAGCAGUAUCACCUGCUCUCAUUUGAGUCAAAAAUGUCUGCAUAUGAAUUUUAUCAUGCACUCAACCAGAUGUCUGAUAACACCGGUCUACUUCAUGUUAAGGAUCAAUAUGAGUCAUUUAUGUGGAUGAUUUGUGAAUGGCGUCACCUGAAGAUCCUCAAAUGCUCAGGGCAAGGUCAUGAUCCAAAGGGAGUAGAUGUGACCACUCAAGGUGAAUGCGCUGUAUUGUGUCCAGCUUGUCCACAUCCAGGGAAGAACCUUUCAGCUAAUUGGAAAGAUGCACUUCAAUGUUGGCUCUAUGGAUUGUUCCUUGCUAUUGAUGCAAAUUUCCAGUUGAAACACAAGGUUGUCUCAAAUGACAGUGUGGACCUGAUGUAG